GCGGUGGGGAAAGGGAGGGAGAGGGAGGGAGUGGGAGGGAAGAUUGUUGUGGGAGAAAGAAAGGAGAGGGUUGGGACAGGGAGAAGGGGAAUAGAUAGAGAGAAGAUAGAGAUAGAUAGAGAGUAGAUAGAGAUAGAGAUAGAGUAGAUAGAGAUAGAGAUAGAGUAGAUAGAGAUAGAGAUAGAGAAGAUAGAGAUAGAUAUAGACAGAGAUAGAGAUAGAGAUAGAGAAGAUAGAGAUAGAGAUAGAGUAGAUAGAGAUAGAUAUAGACAGAGAUAGAGAUAGAGAUAGAGAAGAUAGAGAUAGAUAUAGGGAAGCUAGAGAUAGAGCUAGAGAUAGAGAAAUAGAGAUAGAUAUAGCCAAGAUAGAGAUAGAUAUAGAGUAGAUAGAGAUAGAUAUAGAGUAGAUAGAGCUAGAGAUAGAGAAGAUAGAGAUAGAUAUUGAGUAGAUAGAGAUAGAUAUAGAGAAGAUACAGAUAGAUAUAGAAUAGAUAGAGAUAGAGAGAAGAUAGAGUUAGAUAUAGUGUAGAUAGAGAUAGAUAUAAAGUAGAUAGAGCUAGAGAUAGAGAAAAUUGAUAGUUAUAUAGAGAAGAUAGCGAUAGAUAGAGACAGAUUUAGAGAAAAGAUAGAAAUAGAAACAGUAGAAAUAGAAGAGAGUGUGAUAGAGACAGAGUGAGACAGAGAGUGCAAGGAGGGAGAGUGAGAGAAAGAGAGAGACUGUGUGUGUGUGUGUGUGUGUGUGUGUGUUUGUGUGUGUGUUUUUGUUUGUGUGUGUCUGUUCGUUCCAUAUCCUGAUUCCUCACCCACUAAGGGAUUGCCUUGUUUUUCGCAUCUUCGAGAAGCUCUCAGAGGAAUUCCCUCGGCUUCAACAUGGGGAAGAAAACUCAGAUAUUGCCCCACGACUUGGUCCCGGAGGAGAAGAGCUUUUUCCAGAAGGCCAAAUCCCUUUUCCCAGGUCCCCCUCAUCGGGUUACUCCCUGCUCCUCAAGCAGUGAUGAGCAAGUGCUGGAUGUGGAGGGCCAGAACGGCAUCCCGGCUGCCGCCUCAGCAAGGCAGGAGGAGGAGGUAGCGGGCCCAUCCUGGGGGCCAAGUUCAGCUUUGGCGGCUCCUUCUAGUUCGCUGGAAGUUCCCCUGCUUCUGGAGGAACUAUUCCCUCCUGGUUUGCCCAGGGUCCUGGAGAAAGUCAUGCAGGCCUGGGCUGACAAGAGCCACAGGGACACAAGAUCCGAGACAUCCUCCUCCGAGAUCACCUCGGAAUCCUCUUCCACAUGGGACCAAGGGGACGAUUCUGAAGCCGAGGAAGAACAAACGCGAGUCAUCUCGAUCAAAAAGACCUUUGGUGAUCCAAGCAGCAAGAAAGUGCAUCCAGCCCCUCCCACAGAAUGCACCACGUGCCAGGAAAUGCCCCACGAGCCCUCCUUCAAUUGGCCCCUAGCAAAAGAUGCUCAAGGCCAACAAGAGAGCCCAGCCUCUUCCCCCGCCAAAGGCAGGCAAGGGCUCUGGAAAAGGAGAGGCAAAGUCCAGCCAGCCUUGGAUGCCAAGUCUAAAACAACUCCGAGGACGGACCGCGAGCAAUCCUCUUCAAGCGCCCAGAGACAAGGCCCAGAGACAAACCGAGGUUGCUUUCGGGGCUUUUGGAGAAGUUUAUUCUCUGGAGGACGGUAGGGAGGGCUUGGAGCCUAGACUCCAGUUCCAGCUCUCCCCAUUUCCCCCUCCCCCCCAAAGAGAAGAAGUGUGUGAAGGGACCCCUUUCAAUCAAAAAUUCGAGGUAGCACAGGGGUCC